AUGCAAAUCGGAAUGCAAAGAGAAACUGCUGAAGAGUCAAUCUAUAGAGAGAAAUGCCUACUGGUGAACGAUGGGCUCAGUUGGGCCAAGUACAUGUCGAUUUCAGGGUCAUCAGAAGAUGAGUAUGAUAUAAUCGCCUUGCAGUAUACGGAAGAUGGUUUGUUAUCUGUUGAUGAGAACAGAGAAGGACAUGCAGCUGCCUUUGGGGAUGACAUUGCUGUGCAAGCGCAUGGAUCAGAUGGUAUGGUGGAAGAAGAGAACUGUGUGUUCUUCCUUCCUCACAAGCCAAGAAAUGAGAUCAUUGAAUCUCCACUCUUUCUUUUCAUAAAAGGGACAGUUGAGAUAGAGACUCUACAGAAACAGAGAAGUGAGUUUUACGAGGAGCUAAGAGCUAAAACAGAAGAUAUCCUUCAAAUGCAGGAUAAGAUAAAUGAAGCCUCUGCUGAUACAGUGGCCUUAACAGAACAAAUCAACACUCUGCAGCAUGAACUUGAUUCUCUGCAGAUGAAGAAGAGUGAAACCGAAUCAGAGCUUGAUAGAGUGAAGCAAGAAAAAUCAGAUUUUACUAAUCAUAUCAUCGAUGUCAUAAAGCAUCACUAUAGCAAGAAGCUGCUUACAAUACGCUGGGAGAGGAACACAAACAGAUCAACAAACAGUUAA